AUGGAAGUCCUCGAGGUAGGCCCUCGUUCCUGUGCCAUCAAUCGCGGAAUCCCCGCUGUACUCAGCGAACGCCCAGACAAGCUUCUGCGGAGCUGUGCAAAAGGCAUGUGCGUGGUGGGAUACUCGCUUCUGCAAAAGCAGCAGGAGAUCCGGCACCGUGCCGACCCGUGGCAGGCUGGAUCUGCCGGUGACCGCAGUCCAGCUCGCGCGGUCUCCGCGUUAACUCAGCGAGGCAUCUCCGAUUCGAUCCUAACUAUGUCCGCACGGCCUCAUACCAAAGUUCAAUGGAAGGCCACUCUGAAGCGCCUGGGCGGAGAAGUCGUUGAAAUAUGCCUGUUGAGGGCGGCAUCUUCCACUGAUGCAGCGGCACGGUCUAUGGCUCAAGUCAAAGACACGUUGCAAGAUCCGCAUGAAUCCUGGGCGCCCAUUUACAUCGGGUUUUUCAUUCCUCUGGUCAUCGCCCAUGCAGUACAUGAAACGUUAUCGAACGCGUCAUGGGCGUUCGGUGCUUUCCCUUUGCCUGAUUCGCAUCGGAGAAUCGAGAGCGGGCGGCCGAGUACAGCUACUUCGUCACCUAGCCCUCCUCGUGGUGACUGGCGCUGGAAGUCAUCGGGCAACUCGUGCAAGACAACCAGUUUUCUGUCCGACUUCGUGGCCAUUCUCUCGGGUACGAGUCGUGGUUACUGGCACGGUCGAAUGGGAGAGGUACUAGUUCCACUAUGGGUCCUCCGGAGUGCUGUUGGGCCGAGCCCGACGGGCGGACGGAUGCAUGUCACCAAUCCAAUCCGCCCGUCUCUCGUGCACUUUGUCAACAACGAAGAGUAA